AUGGACGAGGAGGAGGAUGGAGCGGGCGCCGAGGAGUCGGGACAGCCCCCGAGCGUCCUGCAGCUCAACGACCUGUCCGGGGCCGGCGGCCAGCCGGGGCCGGGGUCGGCGGAGAAGGACCCCGGCAGCGCGGACUCCGAGGCCGAGGGGCUGCCGUACCCCGCGCUGGCGCCCGUGGUUUUCUUCUACUUGAGCCAGGACAGCCGCCCGCGGAGCUGGUGUCUCCGCACGGUCUGUAACCCCUGGUUUGAGCGUAUCAGCAUGUUGGUCAUCCUGCUCAACUGUGUGACCCUCGGCAUGUUCCGGCCGUGUGAGGACAUUGCCUGUGACUCCCAGCGCUGCCGGAUCCUGCAGGCCUUUGAUGACUUCAUCUUUGCCUUCUUUGCUGUGGAGAUGGUGGUGAAGAUGGUGGCCUUGGGCAUCUUUGGGAAAAAGUGUUACCUGGGAGACACUUGGAAUAGGCUUGACUUUUUCAUCGUCAUCGCAGGGAUGCUGGAGUAUUCACUGGACCUGCAGAACGUCAGCUUCUCAGCUGUCAGGACCGUCCGUGUGCUGCGACCGCUCAGGGCCAUCAACAGGGUGCCUAGCAUGCGCAUCCUGGUCACCCUGCUGCUGGACACGCUGCCCAUGCUGGGCAACGUCCUGCUGCUCUGCUUCUUUGUCUUCUUCAUCUUCGGCAUUGUGGGCGUCCAGCUCUGGGCCGGGCUGCUCCGAAAUCGAUGCUUCCUGCCCGAGAAUUUCAGCCUCCCCCUGAGCGUGGACCUGGAGCGCUACUACCAGACAGAGAACGAGGAUGAGAGCCCCUUCAUCUGCUCCCAGCCUCGGGAGAACGGCAUGCGGUCCUGCCGGAGCGUGCCCACGCUGCGCGGGGAGGGCGGCGGCGGCCCGCCCUGCGGCCUGGACUAUGAGGCCUACAACAGCUCCAGUAACACCACCUGUGUCAACUGGAACCAGUACUACACCAACUGCUCCGCAGGGGAGCACAACCCCUUCAAGGGUGCCAUCAACUUCGACAACAUCGGCUACGCCUGGAUCGCCAUCUUCCAGGUCAUCACACUGGAGGGCUGGGUGGACAUCAUGUACUUUGUGAUGGAUGCUCAUUCCUUCUACAACUUCAUCUACUUCAUCCUCCUCAUCAUCGUGGGCUCCUUCUUCAUGAUCAACCUGUGCCUGGUGGUGAUUGCCACGCAGUUCUCAGAGACCAAGCAGCGGGAGAGCCAGCUGAUGCGGGAGCAGCGGGUUCGCUUCCUGUCCAACGCCAGCACGCUGGCCAGCUUCUCGGAGCCAGGCAGCUGCUACGAGGAGCUGCUCAAGUACCUGGUGUACAUCCUCCGCAAAGCCGCCCGCAGGCUGGCCCGGGUCUCCCGGGCGGCGGGGGUCCGGGCAGGCCUCCUGAGCAGCCCAGCCGCAGGGGGAGGGCAGGAUGCCCAGCCCAGCGGCAGCUGUUCUCGCUCCCACCGCCGUCCAUCCGUCCAUCACUUAGUGCACCAUCACCACCACCACCACCACCACUACCACCUGGGCAACGGCACGCUCAGGGCCCCCAGGUCCAGCCCGGAGAUCCAGGACAGGGAAGCCAACGGGUCCCGCCGGCUCAUGCUGCCACCACCCUCGACACCCGCCCUGUCUGGGGGGCCUCCGGGGGGUGCAGAGUCUGUGCACAGCUUCUACCAUGCUGACUGCCACUUGGAGCCCGUCCGCUGCCAGGCGCCCCCUCCCAGGUCGCCAUCCGAGGCAUCGGGCAGGACUGUGGCCAGUGGGAAGGUGUACCCCACUGUACACACCAGCUCCCCACCAGAGCUGCUGAUGGAGAAGGCUCUAGUCGAGGUGGCUCCUGCCUCGGGGCCCCCCACUCUCACCAGCCUCAACAUCCCCCCUGGACCCUAUAGCUCUAUGCACAAGCUGCUGGAGACCCAGAGCACAGGUGCCUGCCAAAGUUCUUGCAAGAUCUCCAGUCCUUGCUUGAAGGCAGACAGUGGAGCCUGUGGUCCAGACAGCUGCCCCUACUGUGCCCGGGCCAGGGCAGGGGAAGUGGAGCUCCCAGACCAUGAGAUGCUUGACUCAGACAGCGAGGCAGUUUAUGAGUUCACGCAGGAUGCCCAGCACGGCGACCUCCGGGACCCCCACAACCAGCGGCGACGGAGCCUGGGCCCGGACACAGAGCCCAGCUCAGUGCUGGCCUUCUGGAGGCUGAUCUGUGACACCUUCCGGAAGAUUGUGGACAGCAAGUACUUUGGCAGGGGAAUCAUGAUCGCUAUUCUGGUCAACACGCUCAGCAUGGGCAUUGAAUACCACGAGCAGCCUGAGGAGCUCACCAAUGCCCUGGAGAUCAGCAACAUCGUCUUCACCAGCCUCUUUGCCUUGGAAAUGCUGCUGAAGCUGCUCGUGUACGGGCCCUUCGGCUACAUCAAGAACCCCUACAACAUCUUCGAUGGCGUCAUUGUUGUCAUCAGCGUGUGGGAGAUCGUGGGCCAGCAGGGGGGCGGCCUGUCGGUGCUGCGGACCUUCCGCCUAAUGCGGGUGCUGAAGCUGGUGCGCUUCCUGCCGGCGCUGCAGCGGCAGCUUGUGGUGCUCAUGAAGACCAUGGACAACGUGGCCACCUUCUGCAUGCUGCUCAUGCUCUUCAUCUUCAUCUUCAGCAUCCUGGGCAUGCAUCUUUUUGGCUGCAAGUUCGCGUCUGAGCGGGACGGGGACACGCUGCCUGACCGGAAGAAUUUUGACUCGCUGCUCUGGGCCAUCGUCACAGUCUUCCAGAUCCUGACCCAGGAGGACUGGAACAAGGUCCUCUACAACGGGAUGGCCUCCACGUCAUCCUGGGCAGCCCUUUACUUUAUUGCCCUCAUGACCUUCGGCAACUACGUGCUCUUUAACCUGCUGGUCGCCAUUCUGGUGGAGGGCUUCCAGGCAGAGGAAAUCAGCAAACGGGAAGAUGCGAGUGGACAGUUGAGCUGUAUUCAGCUGCCUGUCGACUCCCAGGGGGGAGAUGCCACCAAGUCCGAAUCAGAGCCCGAGUUCUUCCAACCCAGCCUGGAUGGCAAUGGGGACAGGAAGAAGCGUCUGGCCCUGGUGUCCCUGGGAGAACACCCAGAGCUACGGAGGAGCCUCUUGCCACCUCUCAUCAUCCACACAGCCGCCACGCCCAUGUCACUACCCAAGAGCUCCAGCACCGGCCUUGCCGAGCCGCUGGGCCCCUCCUCCCGCCGCACCAGCAGCUGCUGGUCCGCAGAGCCCGGGGCGGCCCACGAGAUGAAGUCACCGCCUAGCACCCGUAGUUCCCCACACAGCCCCUGGAGUGCAGCAAGCAGCUGGGCCAGCAGGCGCUCCAGCCGGAACAGCCUUGGCCGUGCCCCAAGCCUGAAGCGGAGGAGUCCGAGCGGAGAGCGGCGGUCCCUGCUGUCCGGUGAGGGCCGAGAGAGCCAGGAUGAAGAGGACAGCUCAGAAGAGGAGCGAGCCAGUCCAGCAGGCAGUGACCGUCGCCAUGGGGGCUCCCUGGAUCGGGAAGCCAAGGGCUCUUUCGACCUGCCAGAUACCCUGCAGGUGCCUGGGCUGCACCGCACGGCCAGUGGCCGCAGCUCAGCCUCAGAGCACCAGGACUGCAAUGGCAAGUCAGCCCCAGGACGCCUGGCCCGGGCCCUGCUUCCCGACGACCCUCCACUGGAUGGGGAUGAUGCUGAUGAUGAAGGCAACCUGAGCAAAGGGGAACGCAUGAGGGCGUGGAUUCGAGCCCGGCUUCCUGCCUGCUGCCGGGAGAGAGACUCUUGGUCAGCCUACAUCUUCCCUCCUCAGUCAAAGUUCCGCCUCCUGUGUCACCGGAUCAUCACUCACAAGAUGUUUGACCAUGUGGUCCUCGUCAUCAUCUUCCUCAACUGCAUCACUAUUGCCAUGGAGCGCCCCAAAAUUGAUCCCCACAGCGCUGAACGCAUCUUCCUGACUCUCUCCAAUUACAUCUUCACCGCAGUCUUUCUGGCCGAAAUGACCGUCAAGGUGGUGGCGCUGGGCUGGUGCUUCGGGGAGCAGGCGUACCUGCGCAGCAGCUGGAACGUGCUGGACGGGCUGCUGGUGCUCAUCUCCGUCAUCGACAUCCUCGUGUCCAUGGUCUCCAACAGCGGCACCAAGAUCCUGGGCAUGCUGCGGGUCCUGCGGCUGCUGCGGACCCUGCGGCCGCUCAGGGUCAUCAGCCGGGCACAGGGACUGAAGCUGGUGGUGGAGACGCUGAUGUCCUCCCUGAAGCCCAUCGGGAACAUUGUGGUCAUCUGCUGUGCCUUCUUCAUCAUUUUUGGCAUUCUAGGGGUGCAGCUCUUCAAAGGGAAGUUCUUCGUGUGCCAGGGCGAGGAUACCAGGAACAUCACCAACAAGUCUGACUGUGCCGAGGCCAGUUACCGGUGGGUUCGGCACAAGUACAACUUUGACAACCUCGGCCAGGCCCUGAUGUCUCUGUUUGUACUGGCUUCCAAGGAUGGCUGGGUGGACAUCAUGUACGACGGGUUGGACGCUGUGGGCGUGGACCAGCAGCCCAUCAUGAACCACAACCCCUGGAUGCUGCUGUACUUCAUCUCGUUCCUGCUCAUUGUGGCCUUCUUUGUCCUGAACAUGUUUGUGGGUGUGGUGGUGGAGAACUUCCAUAAGUGUCGGCAGCACCAGGAGGAGGAGGAGGCCCGGCGGCGGGAGGAGAAGCGUCUGCGGAGACUGGAGAAAAAGAGAAGGAAUCUAAUGCUGGACGAUGUAAUUGCUUCCGGCAACUCAGCCAGCGUGGCGCCAGAAGCCCAGUGCAAACCCUACUACUCAGACUACUCCCGCUUCCGGCUCCUCGUCCAUCACUUGUGUACCAGCCACUACCUGGAUCUCUUCAUCACUGGCGUCAUUGGGCUGAAUGUGGUCACCAUGGCCAUGGAGCACUACCAGCAGCCCCAGAUCCUGGAUGAAGCUUUGAAGAUCUGCAACUACAUCUUCACCGUCAUCUUUGUCUUGGAAUCUGUUUUUAAACUUGUGGCCUUUGGCUUCCGACGCUUCUUCCAGGACAGGUGGAACCAGCUGGACCUGGCCAUUGUGCUGCUGUCCAUCAUGGGCAUCACGCUGGAGGAGAUCGAGGUCAACGCUUCGCUCCCCAUCAACCCCACCAUCAUCCGCAUAAUGAGGGUACUGCGCAUUGCCCGAGUGCUGAAGCUACUGAAGAUGGCUGUGGGCAUGCGGGCACUGCUGGACACAGUGAUGCAGGCCCUGCCCCAGCUCUGGGCGUGGAGCUCUUUGGAGAUCUGGAGUGUGACGAGACGCACCCCUGUGAGGGCCUGGGCCGCCAUGCCACCUUUCGGAACUUCGGCAUGGCCUUCCUGA